AUGGGCUUCCUCUACUCUCAACUCUUUGUCCGACCGACAUAUCCCACCCGGUUAUUCGAGGGCCAAACAGUCCUUGUCACUGGUGCCAAUGUGGGACUGGGCCUCGAGGCUGCUCGCCAUGUCGUCCGACUGGGUGCUGCUCGAGUGAUUCUGGGGGUGCGCAAUGUGCCUGCAGGAAAUGUAGCCAAGGAAGAAAUUGAGACUUCGACGCGCCGCCCUGGAGUCGUCGAAGUAUGGGAGGUAGACUUGGCCUCUUACAGUUCGACCCUGGCCUUUGGCGAUCGAAUCGCCCAGUUGCCGCGCCUCGAUGCUGCAAUUCUCAAUGCAGCUCUAGCCACGCCGACCUUCCAACUGGCUGAGGGCUAUGAACGAUCCAUUACCGUGAACGUGAUUAACACGCUACUUCUCGCACUCCUCAUUCUUCCACGACUGAAGGCCACUGGACAAGAGUUCCCAACAUCCCUGCCCCGUCUCGCCUUUGUGGUUAGUGAAGUCCAUGCAUGGGUGGAGUUCCCUGAGUGGAAAGACACAGACAAGGUCAUGCAGAUUCUGUCAGAUCCUGCAAAGGCCAAGAUGGCCGAGCGAUAUCCCCUGUCAAAGUUGCUGGAGGUGCUGCUCGUGCAGGAGCUGGCUGGUCGAACCCGCGGCUCCGAUGUGAUCAUCACAAUGGUCAAUCCGGGCCUCUGUCAUUCAGCUCUUGGUCGAGAGGCGGGCUGGGGACUUUUCAUCAUGAAGCUAGUACUUGCGCGAUCGACUGAAGUGGGAUCUCGCACCCUGGUCGCUGGAAUCUCCACCGGUAUCGAGGGUCACGGUGCCUACAUGACGGAUGCUACGGUAGAUAAUACCAGCUUGUCUCCAUUUGUGCGCAGUGAAGAUGGCCGCCUAGCUCGAGAAAAGCUUUGGAAGGAACUAUCAGCCAUCCUCGAACCGAUUCGACCUGGGAUUAUGCAGAACAUCUGA